CGCAUUAUUGUUUAAGCAGCCAAGAACUCACAACCCAAACAAAAACAUGUGGCUCAUGGUGUGAUAUUCCGUUUCUUUCAACCCGAUAAUAGAUAAAUCGGGUUUGUUUCAUGAGAUUAUUAUAAUCUGAGGACUGGGACAUUCAUUUUGACAGAUUUCUCUGAAGCCACGCCUAAUGUCUUGAUGCUGGUGUUGUAUUGGUAGCGAGCACAGUGCCCGGGACCGCAUUGGCUGCUGUUUUUCUCUCUUUUUUUUCGUUAGGGUCCCAAACUGCACCGAGAUUUGGAAUAUUACGUUACAAUUCUGUGGGAAGAUGGCGACUGUCAUUCAUAAUCCACUAAAAUCGCUUGGUGACCAGUUCUAUAAAGAAGCCAUCGAACACUGUCGCAGCUACAAUGCCCGACUAUGUGCUGAGCGCAGUGUCCGCAUGCCCUUCUUGGACUCACAGACUGGCGUGGCACAAAACAACUGCUACAUCUGGAUGGAAAAGCGCCACCGACAACCUGGCCAGGCAGUGGGACAGAUGUAUACCUACCCUGCUCGUUGCUGGAGGAAGAAGAGGCGACUCCACCCUCCUCUGGAUCCCCAGCUCCGUUUGUGUGAGCUUCGACUAGAAGCAGAGCUGGCCCCUAAACGUGAGGGGCCCCCAGGGGAGGCCACAGCCUUGGAGGCCCUUCUGAGGGGGGACAGCUUGCUGGAGAAAAAGAACAGCCUGAGUAAGGAAGAGGAGACAUUACUGGAAAUACAGAGAGUACUGGAGGCGGAGGAGAAUGGGGAUGGUUUCCAUGAUGAUGAAGACUUUGAACUGGAUACUCCAAAGAGAAAACACCGGAACAGAGGCAAAAACAGAGGCUCAAGUCGAAGGAGGACAGAACCUGUUAACAUGGACGACCAGGACAAACCUUACGUCUGUGACAUCUGUGGAAAGCGCUACAAGAACCGCCCUGGCCUGAGCUACCACUACACCCACACUCAUCUGGCAGAGGAGGAGGGUGAGGAGGAAAAAGAAACAGAGAUGGCUCCAUCACCUCCGCAGAGCUCUGACAACCACAAACCUCAGAAGGGUCCAGAUGGCGCCAUCAUCCCCAAUGACUACUGUGACUUCUGCCUGGGAGACCAGGACUCCAACAGGAAGACAGGCCAGGCUGAGGAGCUGGUGUCCUGCUCUGACUGUGGACGCUCCGGUCACCCCACAUGCCUGCAGUUCACUGAGAACAUGAUGCAGGCGGUAAGGACGUACCAGUGGCAGUGCAUCGAGUGCAAGUCUUGCAGCCUCUGCGGCACCUCAGAGAAUGAUGACCAGCUGCUGUUCUGUGAUGACUGUGACAGAGGAUACCACAUGUACUGCCUGAAGCCUCCGAUGACUCAGCCUCCUGAAGGAAGCUGGAGUUGUCACUUGUGUCUGGACUUGUUAAAGGACAAAGCCUCAGUCUAUGGAGAAGCAUAACGCCACCCUGGACAUUCUUCUUCACACACACCUAUAUAGACUCCAACACACAGAGACACGAACACACAUUCUCUCUCACACAUACACUCCAGUACAUUAGCAAGCUCGGGGCAGUUUCCUGUGUGAGGUGCAGAGAUCUUCUACCUCUCACAUACCUGCUCAAGAGUGCAACAGUCCAGAUGCGCACACUAUCGACAUGCAAUCUCAACUAAGUCAGCAGGUCUGCCACUCAGUCCUUUUUCUACCUCAUCACUCAGCAGACAGAAAGAAGCCAAAGCACGAGUGAUAAUGGCCAAUAUGUAUUACCUGUGAGUACAUGCACAUCUAAACUAAACAUCUGAAAUCUCUGGAUGUUUUCCGCCUGAUUUAUGAUUUGGAAAAUGGUUCUUCCAGAGUAUUUGCUGAAGCUUGCCUUGCUGCUCGCGCUCUCCAAACCUGAGUGGGUUUGAUUAACAUUUGUUUAAACUACUCCUUCCAGCUCCAUUUCUCUCUUGUGUUUAGAUGUUACAGUGGCAUUCCUAUUUUAUAUCUGGACAAACUCAAUGUUAGCCAUGCCACCUUUUACAGUUUUUGUCAAGCUUGGUGAAAUUUAUAUCCUACGCAAGAAGGAAAAGAACCGUUUGUUCUGGAUUGCGGUGACAUUCUUGAUCCACAUCUGUUUUCUGUAUUCUUAGAGUUAGUAGGAUACCAUGGUGCUUAUUUGUGACACUUUACAAAAGACUUAAAAUGUCUUUACACAGAAUGACACCCUUAUGUAUAGUUUUUAAUGCAGUUGUUGUGAACAGAAUAUAUUCAGUACAUUCUGCUUUUGUAUCACUGAUAAUGUUUAAUUGAUUUCAUUUAAAAUUGAUUGCUAAAAUCUUAUAAGCCCCAUAAACGUAACGCACGGUUUUUGUACUGAACUAAACUUGGCAGCACUAACUCUAAAAAGAUGGAAGGAACAACACAAAUAAGCUCAAAUCUAAGAGAAGGAAGAAAAAGGGCAGAAAAACACCCUUCCAGUUCACAUAGUGUGUGAUCCUGGACGGGAUAUCACAUUCUUCAUUUGUGUUUUAUUAUUGUGCAUUUGUAUUUGAUUCCACUGACAAUCAUGAACUAGUCUAGAUAUAUGUUGCUAUUGUUAAUAACUUGCACAGGGUUGUUUUUUAUUGUGCUCUUCCAUGGUUGAUAUAAUGGCCCUCUGUGUCUUUUGAAAAUGUCGGGUUCUUUGUUGAUGCCUUUGUUGACACAGAGUGAUUCAAAAUGUGUGUUGUAUUUUGUUAAAGUAAAUGUUAUGUUUUGUGAUGAAAUAAAAGAAUUUUCCA